AUCCCUGUGAAGCAUGCAGCAGCCAUACUCUUACCCCGACAUGUCCGCCUUCCAGCCCUCCGUCCUCCCCGGCCAGUUCCCUAGCUUUGCUCAGGCUCCUAUCCAGGGAACUCCUAUUGCUCAGUUCCCUAUCCAGGGCGCUCCUGUGGCCUCGUUCGCUCAGGGAGCUCCUGUUGCUUCCUACCCCCAGGUUCUUCCUUCCUAUGGCGUUCCUACCAUCGAUGCCUCUAGCUACUUGAGCGCUCCAUUCAACCAGCCAAUGGCUGCUACAACUCCCAUGCUCCCUUUUGUUCAGAGUGCCAACGGACAGCCUGAAUUCUACUUGGAUCCUAACCAGGUCUCGAGCGGAUACAUCGCCGAGCACAAUGCGAUCAUCAUGCCCAAGGGAUUUAUGACCAAGGAUGAGUACGCCAAGAGAAGAGCUCAGCAGGAGGCUGCCGCUAGGGCUGCCGCCAAGGCCUAAAGGACCCAGCGGGAUCCUGUUGCUUGCCCGUUGCCGCUCUCCAAAUUUUUUAGUUUAGGCAAAAGAAACAAGUGGAAGUAGUCGUCUGCUUGAUGGCGUGAUAUUGUCGUGAUUUGAUUGUUCGCUAUCGUUGUACGUUCUUCGAUGAUGCUGAAUCAUCAGGUUUGAUUUAAUCACGAAUCGUAAUCAUCUUUGAAAUGAAUAAAGCAAUAUAUAAUUCCCC